AUGUCCCGACAAGGUCCGGGCAAGAGCUCCACUCGCAGCGUCCGGUCCGCGAAGCCGUCUUUGGCCGAGAUCGCCGAGUCGGAGCCCACUGCCUUGACACGGGAGGCGUUGGACGAAGCAGAUCGUUUACCCUGGCACGAGGAGAGGCAGGACGACACAGGGACUGAGACGACGCAGAACGGUAGGACGGCGCAUCCCGUCCCGACCACCGAUGCUUUCCAUACUAUGCUGGACGGGGGCUCCCUCGACCGACUGUCGGAAGACUCGGAAGACCUAGGCCGAGAGUCUGGAUACGCCCAGGCCCAGGCCCAGGCUCAGGCCCAUGGCGUGCCGUACGCCGAAGACCCUUACCGUCCGCCUUCGCGACGCUCAGUGACCACAUUCGACGCAAACAACGCAUUUAGCGAUUUCGAUGGCGUGCACUGCGCACCAGAUCUGGACAUGCCCGGCAUGCCCGGCAUGCCCGAGCCGGCCUUGUCCGAGCCACAAAUUCCCCUAUCCAGCCGACACAACAUGCCCAGGCGACAGUCGUAUUAUGACGAGGAGACCGGUCAGCACAUGCUAUAUUACCCGGCCCGUGUCCCAGCCAUGCUCAAUCUGCCGCCGAAGCUGUCCCGGAAGCCCAAGACGGCCGUGCGGAAUACGCGACACUCCAAGGUCCUCCAAGCAAUGGGACAUCCUGGUCUCGACCAGUCGCAAUAUAUGCCCCAGGAUGUCCGUCCGACACAUGGCAAGGAAUCCACCGUGUGGCUUCCUGACCCUGUUCAGUCUGCGGAGGGAUUCUCUUCUUUGUUUCCGCCCGAGCCGUCGGAGGGACAGUCUGCCGUUGCCCGCAUGGCUUCCUUGGGUCAGGCCCGUGAGGCACACCAGGAACAGCAGCAGCAGCAGCAGCACGCAGCGCCCUUGGCGGAUGGUCAGCACGAUCCCUUCGCGCAGCCUCAUCAGCCCGGUCACCACAGUCCUGGUCUGAUCGGGGGAGACAACCGCCGGUCCAAGCUCCCUCGGAAUCUGCCCCCCGCACUUCGUGCCAGCGCUUUCUUUGAUCUCCCCUCUACGUCGGUGGAGACGGAGGCGAAAGACGGCUCAGCCAUGCAUGUGCUCGACAGUAUCCUCGAUGCGUCGGCGAAUGCGCCCGUGGACGCCUUUCUCGACCAUAGCUUCGCGGGAAAACUCGGGAAAGAGGUCUACGGGCGUGAGAAGCGAGACAAAAUGCGGAGUUCUACUUUGCCUUUGGCCGCGUCGUCAUCGGAACAAAAAGAACAACAGAAGCCACCUGGUUCCGCAAAGAAGCGGACAUCUCUUUUCCCGUUUGGCAAAUCUGACAGGGAUAGCUCCCAUAGUCGCAAGGAGAGUAUCACGGGCUGGUCGGUGAGGAGUGGUCGGGGUAAGGAAAGUAGCGACGAUCCCGAACGGCAAACUCUUUCGGCGAGUCAGAAUGGCGAACCGGUGGGAGAGAGAGGUCAGAAAGAGGGCCGGCAAGACGCCAGCCCGGAAGAGGAGGAAGAGGAGUUCCAAGGCCCGCCGACAACGUUGUUGGCGGAACUCCAGAUCCGCAAGCAGGAGCAGAAGAUGCGCACGCGCAACCGGCAGCUCGCGGCAGCUGGCGCCAUGCACUCGACGCUUCUGGAGAUGGACGCGGUGGCCGAAGCACAACGCAGGAGCCGCAAAUCCCGGCGCGUCAACCUCGCGUGGGAAGGUCCCGACGGGCAGGCCGGGGAGGCGGAAUCGUCAGACGAGGACGUCCCCCUGGGCAUUCUCUAUGCGGCCAGGGCGGCGGGGAACAACGACAUUGCGGCCGUGGUGGCCGAGCUCAACCGGCCGAUCGGUCUGUUGGAGCGGCGGGAACUCGAGGAGAACGAGCCGCUCAGCGCGCGGCGUGCGAGGCUACAGGGCAAAGAAGCACUGACGCUCGCGAACCGGCGGAGUGUGAUGACGUUGAACCCGACGACGGCCAUGAGCGCGCAUCGGAUGUCGCCUUCCCGCCUCGGAGGAGCGGCAGGGGGGCAGUCGCAGUCCCCGCAACCGGAGGAGGUCGUCGAGCCCGAGCCCGAGAUCGAGGGCGAGACGCUCGGCGAGCGCAUGCGCAGGCUGAAAGAGAAGGACGAGGCAGAGCACCAUAACCUCCCUCGCGCCAGGCCGGUGAGCGGGACGUUCUCGGCGGAGCUGCUCAGCCAGUUUGGCGACUUGGACGACGAGAAGGCGGAGAGCGUUGCGGCGGCGCCCCCGGCAAGAGCGGGCGGCGAGGAGGAAGAGGAGGAGACGCUAGGACAGCGACGCAAGAGGCUCCAGGCCGAGCGCGAGGCGAGGGAGCGGGAGAUGAGC